AUGUUCAGCAGACGCUUCGAGCCGCCGCAGGUCGUGAACAAGAGCUUCCCCAAAAGUCACAAGGCGUCCAAAUCCAGCUCGUCAUUUAGCAAAUCCAGCGGCGUUUCGAAGCAUCGCCAUGAGUCCCGCCACAGCCGACGGCCCACGACCGCCACCACCACCACGAGCAAUUCGACCGAAGAUACCGCCAUGAGCAACAACCUCACCUCUGCAAUCGUCACCCUCGUCGUUGGUACAGAGCAACGUCUCUUCGCCGCCCACGAAGAUGUCCUCUGCGCAUCACCCUUCUUCCAAAACGCCCUACGCUCGAACCUGUACAACAGUCCCGACGCCAGCUCCCCGUCAUCAGCGCCGACGAAGCGCAUCGCCCUCCCCGAUGAGGAACCCGAGAUCUUCUCGUCCGUACUCGAGUAUCUCUAUAAGGGCGACUACUACCCGCGCCUGGUGCAUAACAAGCGCCGGAACUCGUGGGAGAUUGAAGCUCUCAGCGCCGCCGAUAACGGCAGAGGCGGCGGCGUCGAAUCGACGGUCUACCACCACGGCGUCGACGGCGAUUUGCUCAAGGACACGGUGAUUUACUGCGCCGCGGAGAAGUACGGCCUCGAAGAAUUAAAGAGGGUUUCGCUGAGGAAACAGGGCCUCCAGUCCGGCAUCCAGUGCAGCACCAUUCUGGCGUCGGCCCGGUACGCCUACGCAAAUACCCCCGACAGCGACUCGAAGCUGCGGGCUCACUACCUCGCCCUCAUCAUCCGCAGCCGGAGCACCUUCAAGCGAAGCGGGACGAUGCAGCUGGAGAUGUACAACGGCGGCACCCCGCUCUUCUUUGACCUCUUUGUCGCACUCUGCAACCACGUCGACGACAUCUCCACCGUAAACUCUCCUCGCACGCCUCGUGCAGGUCGUCCCUUCUAA